AUGUCGGGGGCUCUUGGGCGCGGAUCGUACCGCUCGGUCGUGGCGGGGACGCGUAAUGCGCCAAGGCGCAUGACGUUCUACCCCUGUGCGUUCGAGCUGCUGCAGCUCCACAAGGCGCACAGGGAGGUGAUACGCCACUUCUACGUUAGGGACAAGAUCUUUGACAACAAGUUUCCCGGCACGGCGCUGGCAAAUGGUUUGUUCAAGUUUGUUCCCAACCGGCGUGAGGCGUACCACAUGCGUGAGGUGAUGGAAUCCAUUCGCCGCCGCUCAAUACUGAUGCGUCGCGUUCAGCAGCAGCAGGCGAUUAAUGCCAAGGUAGCAGAGGCGUUGGAAAAGGAGCACGGCAAGGCGGCAGCAGCGGCGAUGCUCGACUUCACCACGCCCGAUUCCGACGCCUACUUCAACCCACAGCAGUACCAAAGUGUUGCGAAUGCGUGGCCAAACUACUGGCAGCACCCUGGCGCCGCACACGUAGUACCCAAACCCCGCUGGCGUCGUGUGCCGGAGCUUGGCGGCAUUACACGCGUGCAGGACCCGUUGACGGAGCAGGCGAACGACUACUAG